CACGUGAAUGUGAUGCCUGAGGCAUGACACAAAAUGCGCUAGCCGUUUUGGGCCUAUCCAAAUUUCGUAAUCCACUGAUGGUGAUGGCUGGGCUCUGCACGGCCUGACAUUCACCACUCUCGUACUCCACCCAUACAGACCAGCACAUGGAGAACCUCUCGCUCCAUGAUGCGGGGCCGCAGCCUCCAGGUGGCGGACAGCAAAUGCCUCCUGGACCGCCCCCCGUGCCGCAAUUACCACCUCAGAUGUUUACGACCGCCGCACAACUACUCGAUCUUACGGAUAAGAAGCUGAUGGUUUCGCUUCGCGAUGGGAGGAAGCUCAUUGGAGUACUGAGAAGCUGGGAUCAAUUUGGCAAUCUUGUCCUCCAGGACACGGUGGAACGGCUGUUCGUUCAGAACCUCUAUGCCGACAUCGACCGUGGGCUGUUCCUCGUUCGCGGCGAGAACGUACUACUACUGGGCGAGAUCGAUCUGGACAAAGACGACUAUGUGCCCGCGCCGUUCGAACUAGGGUCGGUGGAGAAGGUGUUCGCCUUGAAGAAGGCAGAGGAGCAGGACCGCAAGAAGACGGACAAGAGAAGGCACAGGAAGCUGGCAGAGCUGGGAUUCGAGGGCGAGCAUCAGGGAGAGGCAAUACUAUGACCACCGGGGCGAGCGAGUGCAUAGAUUGGAUGGGCAUGGUAUGGCAUCGAGGAGGGUGAGGGAUGCAUUCACGCGAAGCGCAUCAGAGGCGAGCACUUCCAGAAGUUAAAUACGUCUUGAACAUGCAGACGUUUCCUCUCCAUACGGCAAGACCCUUGCUUGCUCGUCAAGUCUCGGUAGAGUCGAGCCAUCACAGCGCGGCCAGUGGGGGAUUGGAGGCAGGUCGAGCGUCUACGGUCUUCAAUGUUAGACAAAAGCGUUCUUUGAGCUAAAAGCAUCGUUCGCGGCAUGUGCAUGAUCCGUUCCGCGGGCGCGGUUUGCAGCGCCGCUGUGGUUUCACAAAGAUGAC